AUGGCACAUCGCCACGGGGUCCCGGUCUCGACGCCCGGAUCGGGGUCGAGCUCGGGUUCCAGCCAGCCCUUCCCGAAUUCCCCAUUCGGGGACACCGCACACACGAAGCUCUUUGUGGGGGGUCUGGCUUGGGAGACGAGGAGCGAAGCUUUGCGCCGAUAUUUCGAGCGGUUCGGCGAGAUCCUCGAGGCCGUUGUGAUCACCCACAAGAACACUGGGAAAUCGAAAGGCUAUGGAUUUGUGAGUGUUCCUUCCCGUGGUCUAGAUGGGUUCCGCUCAUUUUGGAGGGAGAUGGCUUCAUUUCUUAUGGAGUAUCUUUGCGUUGAAAGUAACAGAAUUUUCUUCUUGCUUGAUGAUUUGUAAUGGAGGGUUUUAGGUGACUUUCCGUGAUCCUGAAUCCGCGGUGAAAGCCUGUGCAGAUCCAAACCCUAUCAUCGACGGUAGACGGGCAAAUUGUAAUUUAGCUUCGUUAGGCAGGCUUCAGACGUCUCCAAGUUAUGGUAGGCUUCCUCUCCUCACCUAGCUUUUUUAUCUGAUUGUGAAAAAAAAAAAUAGCCUAAUGGUGGCUACGUUAUUUUAUGCCUCACCAGUGAAUUAUUUACGAAUGUUCGCGUCAAAUUGGUUAGUUAUUUGCCCUCUCAGAUUAGAUGGAUCAUCCAGACAUAAUAAACUGGUUGUUUGGGGAGGUGCAUUUCAAUCCAAGUGAAAGGUGCAUUUCACUCUAUAUGAUCAGGUUGUCACAGUUUGCAAUGUUUAUUGCUGCAUGUUGGCAUGAAAAUCACGUUGAGGUGCUAGAUUGCUCUAACACCACUUUGACAGUUCAUCGGCCAUCUUCUUGUAUGUUAUUCUUUAUUUUUUUUGUAUUUAAUUCAUACGCUGUAAACUAUGCGAAUGAGUGGACGUUUAUAUUUAAUCCGCUUUCAGGAAAAUAUAGACUCUAAUCCUCUUAUGCGAAUCAGUAAAGAGCGAAUUUUCUUGGCCAAUCAAUGUUCGUUUUUAGCCUUUGAAACCAUACACACUGCAGAUGUGUCCUUUUGGUAAUAAUUACAUUCUCUGUGUGCAAGACAAAGUAUUUCAACAUGAUGUGUCCUUUUGGUAAUAAUUACAUUCUCUGUGUGCAAGACAAAGUAUUUCAACAUGUUUUCUUUCCUUCAUAAUAAAACUGUAGCUAAUCAAGAUUUAUCUCUUCUUUUAUGGAUACUUGGAUCUCUUGAAUGCGCUUCAUCCAGUUAAAUCCUUCAAUCUGUACAUCUUCAUCGCGUUUUUACUGUCUAUUCGAGGAAAUAUAUGAUGCCUACUAUGCCAUCCACCAAUAAUCGCCAUUCCUUUUCUUUUUACAUGAUCCACCGUUUCUUUAAGUUUCCUUUCAUCUAGAUACAGUCUUACUCUCUCUCUCUCUCUCUCUCUCUCUCUCUCUCUCUCUCUCUCUCUCUCUUCAUAUAUGCAUGCAUAUAACUAAUUCACGGUGUGGUCUAUCUUGUCAUCAUCCAUCGUAAUGACCAUGGAAGGAGGACGAAGGUCGGCUGAGAAUGAUGGCCAGAUCCCCCCCCUCCUCCCAUCUUUAUCUGCUCCAUUGUCGUUCUCAGCUUUUCUGGCUAGGCCAGACUUUUACAGGCCUAGCGAGACCCCAGGUCUGGGCUGGACAAGCGAGGGCUGUCUCACCCCUCUGCAUGGGUCGGACCACACCUAGAAAGACAGAAUGCUCUAUUCCUGGGGAUCUCAUUGGAAUAUCAUGGCUUGCAAUGAGAAUCUUAAUGGCUCAUUGGAAAGAUUUUUUUCUGGUUUCUUUCGUUUUUUUCUUACUAAUCCACCACUAACCCAGAUUUUUCUGAGUCGUGUUAAUCCUGAGAGAUGUUUUUUCGGAUUAUCAAAUCUCAACCAAAAAAAAAAAAACAUUUUAAAGAAUCCCUCAGAGUUGUCUGCCUGCGUUAAUAUCCUUUGGUUCAUCCAGCUUAUGGGGAUUCGUUCUCGAAUUGUUGAUGUUUGUCUUCUCUUGUGUCUUAUUGACGAGGGAGAUUUCUCUAGCUUUGACUGGGUUCUUCCACUAAUUCUCCUUUUGUCCUAUUUCAGCGCGUCUCAGGGUUGCAGCCCCUCAUUUCGGAUUGCCUUCUCCUCCCGGAGCUUAUGUCGGAAACCCUGGGUAUCCUCAGCCAGUUCCUUACGGUUUUCAACCCGGGUUUCCAUAUCAGAUGUAUGGGUAUGUUGACUCUACUGCUCAUCAUUCCCAGCAGGCACAUGAAUCCCAGCGAAAAAAAGAUACAUAGGCUCUUCCACAUCCUCUGUGAACUUGAUAAUGUAGGGCCAGUCUCUUAGAGAAUUACAUGCCUGUAGAAAAGGUACGUUAUGGCAGGGUAACCUAAGGGUACCCCACAAUCUUUCCAGAAUGAGAUGAUUUUUAAAAGAAAAAAAAAGAAAAAAAUAUCGCACACAAUCUUUCCUUUUUAUCCUGCCAUUACGUGGAAAAUAAAAUGGAUAAUUCUUUAUUUAUUUUCAUUGGAAAAUAAAAGUAAAACCAUCGUGGGGAUGAUGGUCAUGCAUUUUCCAUAAUAAAAUGGAUAAUUCUUUAUUUAUUUGCAUUGUCCUAAUGAAGUAAGAUUCUUCCCGUUUUCUGUGCAGGUAUCCAACGUAUGGACCAGAGCACAUGUUUCCACAGGUCCUCUCUUUAUUUAGAUACAUAAGAGCUUCUCUUCUGAGUAAAACCUCUGUGAGCUAGUUAAAUAUCCAUGUAUCAUUUAUUUCUUGCAGAACUUGUAUAAUCCGUUCGUUGGACAGCAAUAUUUCCAAAUCCAUGGUGUUCCAGGGGUAGUCAAUCCGACCUUUUACCCCCUGGAACAGUUGGUUCCUGGUGGGGGUGACUACCCAGUAAUCCCUGGCUAUGGAGUACCUACUCACCAUUCACUACAGUUCAGGACGCCAAAUAUAAAUUCGUCUGCACCAACCAUCCCCACAAUCCAACCGCCAUAUCCUACUGGUAAGUUUUCAUGCUUUCACUAGUUCUAGAGGAAAUAAUGAGCAUUCUUAUUUAUGGGCUGUAUGAUUAUAAGUUCCUAUGUUGCGUGAGGAUUGUGGCACCAGAUCUGCUUCAAAGUGGGUCCUCUGUAACUUGUUAAACUCUUCUUUCAGGCGUUGCACCAGUUCCUCAGGCCCAGUUCAUGGUGACGCCUCAUCCACUGCAGUUCCCACAGGGCGGCGGCUCAGACCAGACAACAGGUUGA